AGAGAGACAUUACACUACACUCACACCUACUCGACACAACCGAACUCGUUUCAAUUUCUCUCCGAAAUCAAUCUAUAAGAAUACUUGUGUUGUGUCUGAGAAAUCAGCGAGACUGCAAAAUGGACGAUACUGACACAAAACAGCGAAUCGAGGAAACAGUUCGCAGGAUUUUGCAAGAGUCGAACAUGGACGAGGUUACGGAGUCUAAGAUUCGAAAGGAGGCCUCCGAGGAGCUCGGUCUCAACCUGUCUCAGCCCCAAUUCAAAGGCUUCGUGAAGCAGGUCGUGGGGGCUUUUCUGCAAGAAAAGGUGCAAGAAAUAGAAGAACAGCAGCAACAACAAGAAGAAAAUGAUGAGGGAGAAGUUGAAGAAGAACAAGGAGAAUCCAAGGGCAAGGAGUACGAUAAUGAAGGCAAUCUCAUCAUCUGCAAGCUUUCAGCGAAGAGAAGGGUGACCGUUCAGGAUUUCAGAGGGCAAACGUUGAUCUCCAUUCGCGAGUACUAUAAUAAAGAUGGCCGGGAACUUCCUUCUAACAAAGGAAUAAGUUUGACUGAAGAGCAGUGGUCUGUCUUUAAAAACAAUCUGCCUGCCAUAGAAAAAGCCAUUAAGAAAAUGGAAUCUCGUUGAUACAAGGGUGUGAGGAUUUACAUACAUACCUCACUCAUCAAGGACAUACUAAGUAGCUUUGCUUGUAUCUUUUUGGUGAAUAGCACCAUGGUGCCAUUUUAAUGCUAUGGACCAUUUUGGGACCUGGAGUCACUGUGAAUCAUGUACUAUUCAAGUGUUUUGCAACCUGAUUUGGUAGAGCCAUUUCAGGAAGACUCUGGAGUAAAGUUAUCAUGAAAGUCACUUUAAAUUAAACACAUUA